GAGAGAGAGAGAGAGAGAGAGAGGGGGACGGGAGAGGAUGCGACGAGUGCUGCAGAGGGACCGUCUCUUUACUGAUGCUCAAAUGUGCGAACAGAUCACCUCUUCUUCUUCACAGCUCGUCUGAAGACUGCAUCAGGUGAGCACCGAGAUUUACUCUGAACUACACACGGAUUCAUGUCGGGAGGAGCGACGAGGAGGCAUCGCGAGUUGCAGCAUCAGCUCUUUCCUUUCAAACCCCGCAUGGACCUUUUCCUGCUGAAUGUAACUGUGCUGUUGGAGACGCUCGCUCCUCUUUGAUAAGUUCCUCAAUCAUUUCAGCAAAUAUUGACCUUCAAUCUCUCGACUCCUCAGGUGAUAACAUGGGGAACGGUUCAAUGAAAUCAAAGCGUUACAAACACACUGACGGCUCCAGUGCUUCCUCUAACGGCCGAGCCCACAAAGAUCACGGUGGUGGGUACAAAAACUCGUCCCUGGACUCCCUGAGGGCCCGGGUGGAGGAGCUGGAGCGAGAGGGCAAGAGGAAGGAUGAGGAGCUGUGCAGCAAAGAGCAGCAGAUUAAAGGUCUCCAGGAGCAGCUGGUCAAACAGACGCGAGCUCUGGCCGAGCUGAGCGAGGAGAUGCAGAACAAGUGCAUCCAGCUCAGCAAGCUGCAGGACGUGAUGAAGAACCAGACCGCAGCUUCUGCAUCACGGCCUCCCUCCAUCAAAACCAGCGGGAAGAGCAGCCCUAACCUCAGCGUCCGCAUCAAGGAAACCCUCAACAGAAGGAAAGGCGCCAAGGCCGGGGUGUCGGCCGAACCCACAUCCAGGACCUACGACUCCAGCAGCCUGCCCAAGUUCUCCUUCGAAAACGCCCGGGUACCGAAGGACGCGAGUGUGAAGAAGCUGCUGACCGACGCCCUGAACAAGAACCAGUACCUGAAGAGGCUGGAGCUGCAGCAGAUCAAAGACAUGGUGGAGUGCAUGUACGAGUGCACCUACCAGCUGGGAGAGUACGUCAUCAAGCAGGGAGAGCCGGGGAACCAUCUGUUCGUCCUGGCAGACGGGAAGCUGGACGUGUUUCAACACAACAAACUACUCACGUCGAUAACGGUGUGGACCACUUUUGGGGAAUUAGCGAUCCUGUACAACUGCACGCGGACGGCAUCGGUGCGAGCGGUCAACAAAGUGCGGACGUGGGCUUUGGACCGGGAGGUGUUUCAGAACAUCAUGAGGAGGACGGCUGAGACGCGACACGACCAGCACCGCAACUUCCUCCGCAGCGUUUCACUCUUGGCUAAUCUACCAGAGGACAAGCUAAGCAAAAUAGUGGACUGCCUGGAGGUGGAAUACUAUGACAAGGGAGAGUACGUGAUCCGGGAGGGAGAGGAGGGCAGCACCUUCUACAUCAUCGCACAGGGGAAGGUGAAGGUGACCCAGAGCACCGAGGCCCACAAGGUGCCGCAGAUCAUCAACACGCUGCAGAAGGGAGACUACUUUGGAGAGAAAGCUCUCAUAAGCGAUGAUGUGAGGUCAGCGAACAUCGUCGCCGAGGAGAACGGGGUGGAGUGCCUCGUCAUCGACAGAGAGACAUUUGAUCAGACAGUGGGCACCUUCAAUGAGCUGCAGAAGUACCUCCAAGGCUACGUGGCAACACUCGAUCGUGACGACAAGAAGAGACAUGCCAGGAGGUCGGUGUCACGCCACCAGAGUCAGCCGCUGUCUCCUGACAUCAUCCAGCUGAAGGAGAUGGUGUCGGUGUUCCCUCCGUCCAGACCCUUCGACCACCUGGAAGUCAUCGCCACCCUCGGCGUUGGCGGCUUUGGACGAGUAGAACUGGUGAAGGUGAAGGGCAAGGACAUCACCUUUGCCCUAAAGGUCAUCAAGAAGAAGCACGUGGUGGACAACAGGCAGGAGGAGCACAUCCACUCGGAGAGGAGGAUCCUCGCCGAGGCUCGUUCGCCUUUCGUCGUCAAACUGUAUCGCACGUUCAAGGAUAACAAGUAUGUGUACAUGCUGCUGGAGGCCUGUCUGGGUGGAGAGAUCUGGAGUCUGCUCAGAGACAGGGGGAGCUUUGAUGAUCCCGCUGCCAAAUUCUGCGUGGGUUGCGUCACAGAGGCUUUUGACUACCUCCAUCGCAAAGGCGUCCUCUACAGAGACCUGAAGCCUGAGAAUCUGAUGCUGGACACUGAGGGAUACAUCAAACUGGUUGACUUUGGAUUUGCCAAGAAGAUCAGAUGUGGCCAAAAGACCUGGACCUUCUGCGGUACCCCGGAGUACGUGGCCCCGGAGAUCAUCCUCAACAAAGGCCACAACUUCAGUGUGGACUUCUGGUCUCUGGGCAUCCUGGUGUUUGAGCUCCUCACCGGCAGUCCUCCGUUCUCAGGGAGCGACCAGAUGAUGACGUACACUUUGAUCUUGAAAGGCAUCGAGAAGAUGGACUUUCCCAAGAAGAUCGGCAAGAGACCCGAGGACCUCAUCCGCAAGCUCUGCAGGCGAAAUCCCUCAGAGCGACUGGGCAAUCUGAAGAACGGAAUAACUGAUAUCAAGAAGCACAGGUGGUUUAAUGGUUUCAACUGGGAGGGACUGAAGGCGAGGACUUUACCGUCUCCACUGAAAAGAGAACUCCUGGGGCCGACAGAUCACAGCUACUUUGACAGCUACCCUCCGGAUGAGGACAGUCCUCCCGAUGAGCUGUCUGGUUGGGACAUGGACUUCUAAGACCUUCUCCUACACCUUUUCCUUUUUCGAUUUCACAUCCUCACACCGAAAAACUAAAUGGGCACCUGUGAGAAAAUGUGUCACCUGUGUGGUGCAGUGGAUAAACACUCACCUCAAUGGAGCACAGCUGGCAGUGUCGUUGGAUGGGAAGCCGGUGAGGGAUCAAGUCCCUAUUUGCUGCUGCUUUUAUGCCCCCCGGAUGGUUGGAGCACCUGUGAGAAGAGUUGGGUAACGAGAACCGCGAGCUCUGCUUCGUAACCAGUUCCAAAAUUAUAACAAGAUAGUCAAUCCCACUAUUCAAAAUCCUACAGAUAUCUUUUUCAAUGGCGAAGUUUGAACUUGAUGUGUUUCAGUCUACAGCUCCAGUUAUUUGUGCGUUGAAGCUCACGUGCAGUGAAACACUGAUUUUAAAACGUGAAACUGCUUAAUUUAGUAUUUCUACUGAUUUUAAUCGCCUGGUCCGUGUGUUUCGGAGAUGAGGAGACGUCUGCGGAUGACUCCUGCACGACUGACCAUGAAGGAUUCCUAACUGGGAGAAGCUGAUGGCAAUGGUGGUGAGGACAACUCCCAUGAUCCAGCGCUACUUCACAGCGUCAAGACUCUGUCGUCUAACAUUAGACGAUGAAGUGACAGGUUACAGCGUGUGUGUGUCCACGUGUGUUCAUCUUCAUAUUACCAAUGACGGAGUAAAUCAGUGUCUUAUGUCACAGUAUUAUGUUUUUUACAUCCCUUUAAUCCAUCCACACCCGUAAUAAUCAUCUUUUACAGAAACCCGUUUUCUACGGGUCCUCAAGAUGACUGGAGAUAAGGAGUUUGUUGCAGUUUGUUUAUGGCUGCAGAGGAAUUGAGCUGUGAGUGUGUGUGUGUGUGUUUGUGGGGAGAACAAACACACACUCGAGAGAGGAAAUUCUACUUAGCUGCUAAGAAUCUAACCACAACACACUGCUAUACCCAAAGAUUAAAAUUAAUUUGUGUUAAGGAGCAUCAAGCCAACAGUGUUGCCCUCCGCCGCUCAAAGUCCACACACAAAAACACCUUCUGCACUUAUUGAGUGCGAGCGUCCCACAGCAGGGUGCUUGACCUGGAGAAAUAUUUACCCUUUUUGAAGCUGAGGCAACUCUGCGGUUCCCGGCUUCUUAAACAGAAAGUGAGUUUUCUGCUCGGGCCUGAGGCACCGAGGAGGAAGAGGAGAGGGACAGCGAAGAGCAGAAAACCUUCAGGGUUUUACUAUGAGGGGGUUAGGGUAAAAAAAAGAAAAAGAUGUAUUUUCCAUUUUUAAACACUUGAGGUUUACAGGAAGUGGACUGUGUACCGUGUGUCUAUGUAUAUACUGUGUACUGUAAAGCACAAUCAUCGAAAAUACACAAUUUAUACAAUCCAA